CGGGUGGCCUGCUCCGCGCCGCCGGCCUCCGGGCACCUCGGACCAGCCAGCCCUGGCCAGGAGGAGCAGGAGGACGACCACGACGACGACGACGACGAGGAGGAUGAGGAGGACGACGACGGUCGCACGGAGGAGGGGACGCCGGGAAGCAGGCCGAAAGCGUGAGAGCAAAGGUCUGGCAUGCCGAGGGCAGGCGUGCCAGGACGUGCCCGAUGUGAGAGCAGGCCGAAAGUGCAGGAGCAUGCGUGCAAGUGUAAGGAGGCGCAGCAGGAAGAGGAGGAGGAGGAGGAGGAGGAGGAGGAGGAAGAGGAGGAGGAGGAAGAGGAGGAGGAGGAGGAGGAGGAGGAAAAAGAGGAGGAAGAGGAGGACCUCCUGCAGCCUCUGCGGGGCGCCAGAGGCGCCGGCAGGCGCCGCCAGGUGUCCGGCGCCGGCCCAAGACAUCCACGCCGACCGAUGAAUAACUGCACAGUCCGGAGUUGUCAGAGUCCAAACAUCUAUCUCUUGAAGAAGAGCGCUCUCCGCAAGCGCGAUCGGACAGAGCCUCGGACUUUAGCUGGACCCUAAAAGGCCAUGCGGAACGAGGGAGCGGGGGAGGACGAGGAAGAGGAGCCCAGCGCCGCGGACGAGGGGCUCCGCCGCAGGCAUGCAUAACCAAACCCACAAGCCCUCGGGGCGUGAGUGGUUCAGGGGGCUCGUUCUGC